AUGCGCUCAGCCUUUGGUUCAAUCAAACCAAACAGCAAGAUGUCCUUUGGCAACAACAUCCUCAACAAUGUCAACAAUAUGACAAUGUUUAAUCAAGCAAAGAGAAUGAUCAAUCAUCUCCUUAGCAAUAACAACAAUAACAACAAUGGCAAUGGCAAACUACUACAUAACUAUAGAAUGAUGACCAACUCACAGACGACAGCAGUAACACAGCAGAGUAAUCUACCAUUAUUACAUCGAAGAACAUCGAUGAAUGGACUCAACGUCAAUGUUGGAGGUCAAUAUAGAUACGGUCGUUAUCAACAAUACAAUCAAUCGAGGUCCAGUCGGUUCUUCCUAUCCUCCAAUGCUGUCAUUUGGGGUCUUGUUGCAAUCAACGGAGCAAUAUUCUUCCUGUGGCAAGACGUAUCGAACAAGAACCAAAGAUUCAUGUACAGGAAUUUCACAUUGUCUAUUGAGAACUGUCGCGAACGUCCUUGGACGUUGAUCACGGCAGCAUUCUCACACAAGGACUUCCCGCACUUUAUAUUCAACAUGCUUGGUCUAUACACGAUUGGUUCGGGAUUGGUGGCAGCCAUCGGACUGGGCCACUUCCUCUCAAUGUACUUUGGCGCAGCGAUCUUCUCCAGUUUGGUAUACUGCUACAUUGAGAGCCAACGCGGACAACAACGACGCUUCGUCAAGACACAUGGACUUGGCGCCAGCGGAGCAGUUAACGCCGUCGUUUUGGCAUACGCUGCACUGUUCCCUCACUCCACCUUCUUGCUGAUGGGCAUCCUCCCCAUGCCAGCAUGGCUGCUGGUUGGUGGCUACCUCUGCUACGACUUCUUCCAAUACCAAAAGAAGGAUCAAUGGGCUGGAGGUGUCCACAUUGCAGGCGCACUCUAUGGACUCAUUUACCAAUUCUUUAUCCGAAGCAAGGUGUUGUAG